UCACGACAACCGUCAUUUUCUUUCACAUUUAAUUGGUAAUCCUUCGCACUGGGUUUAUGAUAUGGACAGACGUGACAACACAACUCAGGAGUCGAGCGAGCCCUUUGUGGCGAAUGACAGUUCUUUGAGAAGCAAUAGGGGUAUCCCUCAGCUACUUACUUCUGUCCCGGCUCUCAAUGAUGCUGCUUCCUAUCUUGCUGACACGACAUCAUUAUUUACUCGCUGUUUCAUGGAUUUUUCUGCUGUAGCAGAACCUGCCUCCAGAGGCUUAGGAGGCCAAGAGAUGGUUACAUUUGGUUCUGCAGAAAGUAGAGGAUCCCCCCCCACCUUCAGUGGCGUUUCUUCAAGUGGAAGUCAUUUAGCUGUUUGUAACUCAUCUCAACCAUCUGUUGAUGCUCCGCUUCUCCAUGAAGGAUUAAGUAGAACCUUAUCUAGAGAAUCUUCUCAAAGUGGUAGUGCAACAAGGAACUCAGAGGAUCUAUCUGACAGUUCCUGUGCACAGGUUCAAUCAACGCAGGCCAGCCCAAAUGGCAUUUCUAUUUUCCAAGGCCUUAUAGAGAAGGUGAGAAGGACAGUUCGUGGGUCAGCUGAUGAUAUUGGAUGGCUACAACGUGCUUCACAUAUGCCUCCUGUCGAAGAUCAAACUGAUAGAUUUGUGGAAAUCCUUGAUGAUAUUAGGCAUGGACUACAUAAAUUACCAAAUUCAAUGGUUUACUUGUUAGUACCAGGUCUCUUUAGCAAUCAUGGACCACUUUACUUUGUUAAUACAAAAACAAGCUUUUCAAAAAUGGGACUCACUUGUCAUAUAGCCAAAAUUCAUAGUGAGGCCUCUGUGGAAAAGAAUGCUAGAGAAAUAAAAGAUUACAUUGAAGAAGUUUAUUGGGGCUCCAAUAAACGUGUCUUGCUUCUUGGACACAGUAAAGGGGGAGUAGAUGCAGCAGCUGCUCUGUCCAUGUAUUGGUCUGAUUUGAAAGAUAAGGUUGCAGGGCUGGUUUUAGCGCAGAGUCCCUAUGGUGGAAGUCCAAUUGCUUCAGACAUUCUGCGAGAAGGACAGCUUGGUGAUUAUGUAAACAUCCGCAAGAUUAUGGAGAUUCUCAUCUGUAAAGUAAUCAAGGGUGACAUGCAAGCUUUGGGAGAUUUGACUUAUGAGAGGAGGAAGGAGUUCUUGAGCAAAUACCACUUGCCAAAGGAGCUUCCUGUUGUUUCCUUCCAAACGGAGGCCAGCAUUUCUCCAGCAGUCUUGGCCACAUUAUCCCGUGUGGCGCACGCAGAAAUGCCAACUUUUUCUACUGCCCAGCCUGCUACGUUUCCGGUGGUGAUGCCUCUUGGUGCUGUGAUGGCGGCAUGUGCCCAGCUUCUUCAGAUCAGGUAUGGUGAGAAGAGUGACGGGCUUGUCACUUGUCGUGACGCAGAAGUCCCUGGGUCUGUGGUCGUUAGGCCAAAACGGAAAUUAGACCACGCUUGGAUGGUAUAUUCAUCAUUAAACGAUGACCCGAUGGAGGCUGAUGCAUCUCAAGUUUGUGAAGCUCUUCUAACUUUACUAGUAGAAGUAGGACAGAGGAAAAGGCAUGAAAUAUCUAAUAAAGAUGAAUGAAGCGUAUACAAGAACGUUCUCCUCAUCUGAAGAUUGAUGCUUAAUCUGUCAUCACAAUGGUAUUAUGUCCCAAUUUCAGUUUAGACGUUCAGUGAAUAGAAUAUAGAAAAUUAUCCAAUGCGCACCCCUACCCCCCUUUUUAAAUCGGAAAAAAGGGAAGAAAUGUGGUUGGAAAAAGAAGUGUCUGAAUAAGAAAAUUUCUGCAAUAUAUGAUGUGUAUACGCCUCCCCUGGAAUGAUCUGUGCGGCUGUUAGGCAUAUUAGACAAAAGAAUGGUCUUUACGGAUUGGUCCUUGUGUGUCACCACCUCCCACCUACCUAGGUUUGAAUUCCUUCUGGAGAUAAGCAACCAUCUUCCCUUUAAGAUAUGGAUUAGGGAGGUGAAAUUGAAGUGGGAGUCCUACAAGGGAGUUGCGGGCUAGGCCUCGAAGGUUCUAAGGCAGCAAGUUAGUUUUCAAUCUUUUGUUGUGUAACUAUGUGCAGGGAGUUUGUAUUCCGAUGUGCAUAUUUGCUUCUAUCUCUAGUAAGUUCUCAUGUUUCUUCGUUUUAGCCGUUUCCUCUUGUUUCUGUAUCAUAUAUUCAAUAUCUUGAAUUUUCUUUUCAGCUAUAAACUUUUCAGUAUCAAA